AUGGAAGAUCCAAAUGGUAAUUUAGAAGAAGAUGCUGAAUAUUAUGAUCCAAAUGAUGAAGCAGGUGAAUAUGCAAUUGAAGGUGGUCAAUUAGAUCAAGAUGAUGAAAUGAUGGAUGAACAAGAUCAUGAAGAGCAUGAAGACGAACCACAAGAAGAGGAAGAAGAUUUAGUUGAUGAAUCAGUUCAAGGUUUCUUUGAACAUACAGAUUCAGUAUAUUGUGUUUCAAUUAAUAAAACUUUUCCAGAUAUUAUUGCAACAGGUGGUGGUGAUGAUGUAGCUUACCUUUGGGAUUUAAAUAGUGGUGAAAAAGUUCAUCAACUUAAAGGUCAUUCAGAUUCAAUUAGUUCAAUUGAAUUCAAUUAUGAUGGUAAAUUAGUUGCAACUGGUGGUAUGGAUGGUAUUGUUAAAGUUUGGGAUGUUCAAACUGGUAAUUUACUUAUAAAUUUAGAAGGUCCAACUGAAUCAGUUGAGUGGAUUCAAUGGCAUUCAAAAGGUAAUAUUUUAUUAGCAGGUUCAUCAGAUUGUUUAGGAUUUAUGUGGUCAACAUUAAAAGGUGAUAUUUUGGGUACAUUUGCAGGACAUAGUGGUCCAGUUACAUGUGGUAUGUUUACACCAGAUGGUAAGAAAGUUAUUACAGGUUCAGAAGAUUGUUCAAUUAAAGUUUGGAAUCCAAAAGAUUCUUCAAAUAUAAUGUCAUUUAGUGGUCAUGGAUUCCAUGAAAAAAUUAUCACUUGUUUAGAUAUUAAAAAUGAUAAUACAUUAGUUUUAUCUGGUGGUGAUGAUCAUUAUGCUGUACUUUCAAAUAUAAAUACUGGUAAAGUUAUUGGUAAACUUCAUGGUCAUACUGAUUCAAUCGUUGCUGUUUCAAUGAGUAAUCAUAAUCAAAGUUUUUGUCAUACAGGUUCAUUAGAUGGUUCAAUUAGAGUUUGGGAUAUGAAUACUUUACAACAAAGAUCAACAUUUAAACAUAAAUCAUCAAUAACUAAAUUAAAAUCACAUCCACAUGAACCAUUAUUAUUUAGUAGUAGUGUUGAUAAGAGUAUUGGUGUUUGGGAUGAAAGAAAUGGUCAAUUAAUUAAACAAUUCACUGGUCAUCAAGAUGCUAUUUUAGAUUUUGAUAUCACUUUAGAUGGUAAAGUUGUAACUGCUUCUGAUGAUAAAGUUUCUUUAGUUUUCUCUUUAAAUCCUCCACAAAAUUAA